AUGGCUAGGGCCCAACAGUUAUGUGGUAAACAUAAACAUACACAUAGACGUCAUCGUAAAUAUACCCAUAGUAGUUCUGAGACUUGCUUUUCCUCAGCCAGCGAUAACGAGGAUGGUGAAACGGUGAAGCAGAUGAAGAAGGGCAUUGCAAAUGUUAAACUACCCACCAUCCAAAUUCCUAAAUACAGUGGCGAAUUUGAAACCUGGCUUGAGUUCCGCGACGUUUACACAUCUCUCAUCCAUUCGAAUACAGCAAUUAGUGACAUACAAAAAUUCCAUUAUUUACGGGCUUCCCUGGAAGGCAGCGCUGCUCAGGUCAUUCGCGCGUUGGAAUUUUCUGCGUCCAACUAUACUUUAGCGUGGAAGUCUUUAUGCGAUCGGUUUGAUAAUACUAGGCUGUUAGUGCAAAAUCACGUUAAGGCUAUUUUUGAUGAAGAGGUGAUAAAAAAGGAAUCUGCUUCAUCCAUACGUAGGGUUUUAGAUGCAUGCAAUAAAAACCUACGAGCAUUAGAAAUUUUAGGGGAACCCGUAACCAGUUGGGACACAUUAAUUAUAUACAUCAUGGCAACAAAAUUAGAUGCGCGUACGCUUCGUGACUGGGAGGAGCACAAAGUUACACACACAAAACUAACAUUAGAAAUAUUCACAAAUUUCCUUAAAAAUAGGGCAGAUGUAUUGGAAACCAUCGAAUUAGGUAACAACACAAGCAACAACAGACACGAGUCGUUAUCGAAGGGUACAAGUAGGCAUGUUCGAGGCUUAGCUACAGUGGUGCAACCUGGUUAUAAAAAACACAAAUGUCAUCUUUGUAAAUCGGAGCACCCCUUAUAUUUAUGUAAUGAAUUCGCGCAAAUGAGCAUUACUGGUAGGGAACAGUUUGUUAGGCGAAUGAAAUUGUGCAGUAAUUGUUUAAGAGCAGGGCAUAACUUGCGUGUGUGUAGGUUAGGUCCUUGUCGGAAGUGCGGCAGCAUGCAUAACACUUUGCUACAUAGGGACGAUGGCCUAAAUAAUGCAGCACAUGACACGACAGCUCCAAGAACAUCAGCGCUGCUGGCACCUACAUCAGCGGCGCAGCCAACCCAGCCGGUGCUGAAGUCAACUGAUGAUGUUGUCAAGAACAUGUCAGCAAUCAACAAGCAGUCCGGCCGAGUUCUUCUUGCCACGGCAUUAAUUAAUAUUUUUGACAUCCAUGGUAGACCUCAUGAAGUCCGAGCCAUUCUCGAUUCCGGGAGUCAGGCAUCUUUCAUGACGGAGUCACUCCUUAAAACAUUAGGCCUGAACCAUAAGGAUACCAUGUCCACUGUAGCUGGCAUCAACGACCUGGUCUCGGUAGUCAACAAACGAUGCGAUGCAAUAAUACAGUCCAGAGUAAACUCAUUUAAAACUAACAUCACAUUCCUGGUAUUGCCAAACAUAACUUCAACUAAAAAUGAAGUCUUUAAUGUAGGCACAUUAAACAUUCCUUCGGGUAUUCAACUCGCAGACCCAGAAUACUUUAGUCCGUCAAGCUACGAUAUAUUGCUCGGCGCAGACAUAUUCUGGGACUUGCUAUGCGCAAACAAAAUAAGAUUAGGCAAAAACUGUCCGGUGUUGCAAGAGACGAAGUUCGGGUACAUUAUUUCCGGACCCACUGGACAACAAACGUCAAAUAAGAUUUCAUGCAACUUUAGCAAGUUUGAUGAAAUCCAAGAUCAGUUGGCCAAGUUCUGGACAAUCGAAGAAGUUCCUUCCACUAAAAAAUCGAUAUAUACCGAUGAAGAAGAAUUAUGCGAAGCACACUUCGUACAAAACAUGUCACGUAAUGAAGACGGUAGAUUUUCAGUAGGUAUUCCUCUAAAAGGAAAUGAAUCUGAACUUGGCCAAUCAUUUGAACGCGCUAAGGCGUGCUUCCUAGCACUAGAGCGUCGACUCGCAAAGCAGCCCGUAUUGAGGGCCAUGUACGUCAAUUUUAUGAAGGAGUAUUUAUCGUUAGGUCACAUGGCUUUAAGUGACAUCGAUGCUCCUCAUGAAAAUUCAUACUUCAUGCCACAUCACGGCGUCCUGCGUGAUGAAAGCACCACGACAAAAUUGCGAGUCGUCUUUAACGCCAGUGCUCCUACAAAUUCCGGCCUAUCCUUAAACGAUCUUCAGAUGGUAGGGCCGACGAUACAAAGCGACCUGUUUUCUAUUCUCCUUAGAUUUCGACAACAUCGUUAUGUAAUGGCAGGUGACAUCGAAAAGAUGUACAGACAGGUGCUCGUGAACGAAAAUCAACGUCACCUACAACAAAUAAUUUGGCGCGACGACCCCUCUCAACCCCUUCAGACAUAUACGCUCAACACGGUGACGUAUGGCACAGCCUCGGCUCCGUUCCUGUCAGUUCGUUGCCUUAAGCAAAUAGCGGACGAAUGUGACAAUGAACUGGUGCGCAAGGUCAUUAGUGAAGACUUUUAUGUUGACGAUUUGCUGACGGGGCAUGAAACAGCUGAGGGUCUCAUGGAGGUUCGUGCUCUGAUUUCACAGGAACUAUCGUCGGGAUGCUUCAAUUUAAGGAAAUUCCGAUCAAAUCUUCCUGUUUGCAGCGAUGGGUCAGAUCCAAACAGAGAUUCACCCGUCGUUGAUUUGAGUGAGCACCAGCAAUCCAAGACUCUAGGCCUAAAGUGGGCACCGUCAGACGACGUAUUUCAGUUCGACAUUAAAACUGAAACUGUCCCCAACACUACGAAAAGAGUGAUUUUAUCCACAAUUUCUCAAAUAUUCGACCCACUCGGGUUGCUAAGUAUUUUCAUUAUCGCCGGUAAAAUCAUUUUGCAAAAACUUUGGCUGCACAAGCUAGAUUGGGAUAGUCCGCUACCGUCAGAUAUUGUCAAAUCAUGGCUCAAAUUUGUAACCGACCUAAAACAAUUAGACAAUCUCAACAUUCCUCGGCAUGUUGUAUGCCAGAGUCCAGUCAACAUUCAAUUUCAUGCAUUCUGUGAUUCGUCUAAAGAUGCUUAUGGCGCUUGUGUUUACGUCAGAUCCGUAGAUUUUAAUGGAACUACACAAGUUCGUCUCCUGUGCUCAAAAACACGCGUAGCACCCAUUAAGACGGUGACGAUACCUCGUCUUGAACUCUGCGGAGCAUUGGUAGCUGCCAAGCUGCUAGAAAAGGUUUUAAAAACCACUCGAUUACAUAUAGAUAGUUGCUUUCUUUGGACGGACUCAUCCGUGGUAUUAGGCUGGCUUAAAACACCACCCAAUAAGUUGAAGCCAUUCGUUAAGAAUAGGGUAGCGGACAUCCAAGAAAUCGCAAAAUCAUAUCUCUGGCGACACGUGCCUACGUCUAGCAAUCCCGCCGAUUUAUUAAGUAGAGGCAUUGGUGUCCUUCAAUCGGACAAGGUGGAUCUUUGGUUCAAUGGACCAAAAUUCCUAUUAGAUCCAGAAGAAUCGUGGCCUGAUAGAUCAUUUGAUCAAAGUUCCACAGAACUGCCAGAGGUGAGGUCCAAUGUAGCCUUAACUGCUAAUGAACCAAGGGAACUAUUUCCAUUUUCUCGAUUCUCAAGUCUCACCAAACUCAAAAAUACAAUGGCUUAUGUUUUACGCUUUGUAACUGUUUGUCGAAGUAAGAAUAAAACCCAGAGUCCACUUUCGUCGUCAGAACAGCAAUCAGUGCUUAACACACUUGUUAAACUGUCACAGAGGGAAUCGUUUGAUGAGUAUGAAUAUUUAAUACAAGGUAAAUCAUUACCACCAAAACAUAAGAUGCUUUCUUUAAGUCCGUUUGUGGAUGAAAAGGGUCUCAUUAGAGUAGGGGGUCGAAUCAAAAAUGGUAAUUUUACAUUCGAUAAAAAGCAUCCACUCCUGCUAACGUCGAAACACAUUUUAACCAAACUAAUAUUUCAGUAUGAACAUUUACGUUUAAUGCAUGCAGGGCCUCAACUUUUGCUUGCUUCAAUUCGAGAAGAGUUUUGGCCCAUCGGGGGUCGCAAUCUGGCCCGAUUCACGGUACAUAAAUGUUUACGUUGCUUCCGUCUAAAUGCACAAAUAGCCCGUCCAAUAAUGGGCAAUUUACCUGAGCAGCGCCUCCAGCCUGGCUACCCGUUUUAUACUACAGGAAUGGACUAUGCGGGUCCCCUAAUAGCACUUAAUAAAAGAGGUCGCGGUAGCAAGACCGAAAAAGUGUACAUUGCUAUAUUUAUCUGCUUCGCCACCAAAUGCGUUCAUCUCGAACUCGUUAGCUCCUUAAGUACAGACUCUUUCUUAGCCACGCUAAAUCGCUUCAUUGGUAGGCGCUCGAGACCAGCUACCAUAUUUUCUGAUAAUGGAACUCAAUUCGUCGGUGCCCGAAAUGAACUUUAUAAGUUCCUCAACCAAAACGCAAGUUCUAUUGUACGUGAAAUGUCAAAUGAGAGAAUAGACUUUAAAUUCAUACCAGCAUACGCUGCUCAUAUGGCUGGUUUUUGGGAAGCAAACAUUAAAUGUUUAAAAUCACAUUUGCAUCGUGUGUUAGGGAACGCUCAUUUAGUUUUUGAGGACCUUUACACUGUCCUAGUCCAAAUUGAGGCGAUACUCAAUUCACGUCCCCUGACACCGCUGUCGACUGACCCAACUGACUUGACGCCAUUGACUCCAGGGCACUUCUUGGUAGGACGACCGAUGACCGCUUUGCCUACACCUGCGCUUGUAAAUGUCAACACAAAUAGGCUGACGCAAUAUGAAAGACUCGAGCAGCUACGUCAACACUUCUGGGCCAGGUGGCACAAAGAAUACAUUGCUGAACUUCAGCAACGCACUAAAUGGCGCACCUCUAAGGGACAGCAAUUACAAAAGGGAGCUUUAGUCCUGAUUAAAGAAGAAGGUCUUCCGCCUAUGAAGUGGCGUUUGGGACGCGUUGUUGAGGUGUAUCCUGGAACUGAUGGGUGCGUCAGGGUCGCAGACGUUAAAACCGCACGCGGGGUGAUUCGCAGAGGCUUUAACCGUAUCUGCCCGUUACCAGUCAACGACGAAGGGUUGAAAGACGAGCCUUUCAACGCCGGGGGGCAUGUUAAGAAUUCAACGGAACCUUCCCCCACCGCGCCGGCGACUGCGGGUAGCUUGGAAAAUUAG